UUUCUUACCGUUUGUCUUGAUCACACAAGUCUUUGCUUUUCGGAUUUGCCGGAGUUUAGUUUAAAUAUCACUCUUUUUUCAUCACCUCCUUAUAUUCCGGUUUCUAGACAAGGAGAGCAUAAUUCGACACCACCCAAAAGAAUUAAACAAUUCCAAACCCAAUAGGCCUUGCUACCUUCAAUUCGUCAUCACUCAAUCUUUCUCUCUCUAUCUCUCUCCUUUUCCCGAUCGAGGCUUUCUUUCUCUAUAUAUUUUACAGAAAAAGCUCUGCAAAGUGCAAAUACCUGCUUCCACUUGUUCAUCCAGUUUAACAUGUUUGUUCUACCCGGCCAGUUGUAAAAAUUCCAGAAAUCAUACAGUUUAGCCCGUUUGGGAAUCUUCGGUAGUGAUUUCAAGAAUGACAAGUCUGAGAUCUUCAUCCACGACGCAGGAGGCUGAAGGUCACGAAGAAAGUGACAAGAAUUCUGAGCCGUUGAUUCCGGGUUUACCGGACGAGAUCGCCGAGCUCUGUCUUCUAUACCUUCCGUACCCAUACCAAGCGUCGGUACGCUUGGUGUCGUUCUCAUGGAAAAGAGCCAUUACAGACCCUGCCUUUCUUAGCUCCAAGAGAGCUCUGUCGCUCUCUUUGCCUUAUAUUUUUGUUCUUGCAUUUCACGAAUCGUCGGCCAGGAUUCGGUGGCAAUCGCUGGACCCGCGAUCCGGCCGUUGGUUUGUCUUACCUCCCAUGCCAUGUCCCUGGCCCGUGGGCUCACCGGGGUUCGCGUGUGCCUCACUGCCACGUCAGGGGAAGCUCUUCGUCUUUGGUGGUAUGCGGUCAGACGAGUCAGACCCAGAAACUCCCAUGCAGACCGCGAUCUUGUACCGUACAUCAACGAAUCAAUGGUCGCCGGUGUCUCCUAUGCCGAACCCACGAUCCUUUUUCGUGGCCGGGAGUAUUAAGGGAAAGAUCCUAGCCGUUGGUGGAAAUGCGAGCGGCACCACUGAAUCGAUCGCAACCGCAGACUGUUAUGACCCCGAAAGCGACACUUGGACCGCGGCUGCCACGAUAGACACGUGGUUGGCGAGGUACGAGUCCGCUGUGGUCGGGAACAAGAUGUAUGUUACGGAGGGGUGGUCGUGGCCGUUCAAAUUUUCGCCCAGAGGAAGGGUGUACGAUCCGGAUGAGGACACGUGGCGGGGGAUGAGCAAAGUGAUGAGGGAUGGGUGGUCGGGGCUGAGCGUGGUGGUGGAUGGGAGGUUGUUCAUGAUAUCGGAGUACGGGGACUGUCGGAUGAAGGUGUACGUCCCAGAUGAUGACACGUGGAGGUAUGUGGGUGGGGAAAAGUUCCCACGCGAGGCAAUGAAGAGACCCUUGGCUGUGAACGGCGUGGAGGGGAGGGUUUACGUGGUGUCGUGCGGAUUAAACGUCGCCGUAGGGAGGUUGUUUGAAGCUGAAAAGUGGGAAUUCAAUGUGGAGUGGAAUGUUGUGCCUGCUCCUGAGGCUUUUCAUGGCUUUUCUCCUUUAAAUUGUCAGGUACUUUAUGGAUAAACGGCAUCGGAUUUUAUCAAUUCUGGUUGGGACUUGGGAGUUCAUUAUGUAUUUUUGUUUCUGAAAAAUAUAUUUUAUUGUGAAGCUAAUAUUUCCGAAAAUUAUAUUUCAUGGCAAAAUAUGGCAAA